GGGAAUGUAGCCCGAAGCGACUGCACAUGCGCAGUACGGACAAGUCUGACCUACCGGAGGGGUUGCGGCAGGGAACAUGGAUCAGCCAAUAAACUCAUUCGACCAGGUGACAUUUGAGGAUGUGGCAGUUUAUUUCUCGGAGCGGGAGUGGGCGUCGCUCUUGGAUGCGCAGAAGGAUCUCUAUAAAUCUGUAAUGAGGGAUAAUUAUGAAGCGGUCACUUCUCUGGGUUUCCCAGUUGUGAGGCCCAAGGCCUGGGGCAGAAUGUGCCAGGGGGUGACAGUAAAGCUGGAGGGCACGGAGCAGAUGGAUAUUGGGGAUAGUGCUCAGAACAUGAAGGACGUAAUGAAGUGCUUGAAUAAGUGCCUGUCUCCUCUGCCAAUCAGCACUGAGCCCGGCAGCCGCUGCACGACUUGGGCAGCUCCAGAUCCAAUGGACCAAUUGGUGGGGAAUGUCAGUGUGAAGGAGGAAGAGUUUCAGGCAUUUGGGGCAUUAGGCUCGAUGCCCCCACAUGUGCCCAACCCUCAGUCCAGGUUAGACAGUGAUAGGCAGCGACAGAAUGGGAGUGCCCAGCACCAGGCUCCCCCCAGUGCCCCCGAUGCUGAGCGGCUGCACGCUCCCUUCCAGUGCACUAAGUGUCAAAGGACCUUCACCAACCCCUACGACCUGCAGAGCCACUCCAACGUGCACAUCCGGGAGAUCCGCUACACCUGCAGGGAUUGUGGGAGGGGCUUCUCCCGCUCGGACUUCUUUAAAGCUCACCGCCAUGUCCACACCGGAGAGAAGCCCUUCAAGUGCCCUGAGUGUAAGAAGAGCUUCAGCGCGGUCAGUAUCUUGAAGAAGCACCUGAGAAGCCAUCAGCCCAAGAUGAGCCGGCGGGCCAAGAAAAUGAAGCGGAAGAACAAACAGAAUGUUCCGGACGUCCUCGCCGACCCCGACUAUGAGAGGAGGCACCUGUGCACCGUGUGUCAGAAGACUUUCAGCAAGUCCUACAACCUGAAGGUCCAUGAGAGGAUUCACACAGGGGAGAAGCCAUAUAAAUGCCCCAAGUGCGACAAGUGUUUCUCGCAGAAUGCCCGGCUGAGGGUCCACCGAACCACCCACGCGGAAUGGGCCCACGAGGCGGUGUGGCUGCGGAAGCGCAAGCCCAGUGCCCCCGCGGAGAAGCUGCAUGUAUGUAAUGUGUGUGAGAAGGGCUUCAGCAAGUCCUACAGCCUGAAGGUCCAUCUGAGGACCCACACGGGGGAGAAGCCCUACAGCUGCCCGGAGUGCCACAAGAGCUUCUCCAAGAACAACCUGCUGACCGUGCACAAACGCAUCCACAGCGGCGAGCGGCCCUACCAGUGCUCCGAGUGCCUGAAGAGCUUCAGCGUCAUCUCCCACCUACGGGUGCACCGACGCACCCACACCGGUGAGCGGCCCUACAAGUGCACCGAGUGCGUCAAGAGCUUCAGCGACUACUCCUCCAUGGUGCGCCACCAGCGGAUCCAUUCCGGCGCCAAGCCCUACCAGUGCAACAUUUGCGGCAAGCCCUUCCGGGAGAAGUCCCACCUGACGGUGCACCAGCGGACCCACACCGGCGAGCGCCCCUAUAAGUGCGGCGAGUGCCACAAGACUUUCAGCGACUGCUCCUCGUACGUCGAGCACCGCAGGCACCACACGGGGGCCCGGCCUUACCAGUGCGAGCUGUGCCACAAGAGCUUCACAAAGGCCUACACCCUGAAAAUCCAUCAGCGCGUGCACACCGGCGAGCGCCCCUAUAAGUGCCCCCUGUGCCCCCGCAGCUUCAGCAUCAACUACCACCUCAAGGUGCACGAGAAAACCCACGCGGACAAUCAGCCCGAGACCCUGAGUAGGAAGUGAGGGACCCCUGUGCCUGGGGAGCUGUAGGGGUGGUAUAGCUAGGUGGGCGGAGCUAGCAGCUCCUGGGCCUAUUGGGUAGCACAUGACCCCCCCCAGGCUAUAAAGUACCCUUCGCUCUAUAAUAAACAUAUUUCUAUUUAUGAAAUAAAAACUCAGAAAACAAA